AUGUCCAGUGUAACAGGGCCACAUGAUGCAAAUGUGUCCCUGAACCUUCACGCCGAGCUUUUGCCGAACAUCCGCCAAAUCACACUUUACAUCUCCUGCCCGGAAAGCCGAACGUUUGAUGGAAUCCAGCCCCUAAUCCAGCUCUCAGAAUCUCGGAGUGCAGUUACAGUCUCUUUGCCUGAUCCGUUUCAGCAUGUGACUGAAACUAUCAAGCUGCCAGCACGCGUCAGCGAUGCAACUCGGCGGACGCUGAAUCUAAACACAGCCCCCACAGCAAAACCACCUGGCCCUGGGUUCAAUCAUGAAUACUCUUUCAGGAUGCAGAUUGAACCAAACGAUCAGGCAUUGAAGCCUCGGGAUGAACUAAUAGAUUAUUAUGUCCCAUGGACUGCUGCAGAUAUGUCGUCCUCGACGCGAAUUCGAUGCCGAGUAUGUGGUACUGGGUUCUUGAAUACAGCAAAGACCGAUCCAAGUCAGCAUAAUCAGACCCAAAGUGGCCCGCUGGAGUGGCUUUGGAAAGACCUCCCCAGUGGAAACUGGGCUGAGAUGAUGGACUUUUGGCAUUGCCACAAGCCUGAUCCCCACGAAGACGACAUCGAGGCCCAAGCCACUGCGGCUCUCAGGAUCGAGGAGCAAAAUGCCCAGAUCAAGGGAUAUGGAGCUGCGAGUCGUGUAGAGGCCAUCUCGGGAACAGUUCUGAUCGACGUGGCUACCUUUCUUCUUGCCGAAACCAACUGUAUGAACUUGAAAAAGGGAGAUCAAGAAGACAGUACCGGUUCAAAUCAAAAUGCCUGGGCAAAGAGGACGCUCAAUUGUGAGAAGUGCAACGCCAUUGUGGGAAUGGACGAUCCAUCUGCCCAUGGCUGGCGGUUGCUCAAAGCAAAUGUGUCGUUAAAUACCCGCGCAUGGGGCGAUGUCACAAACAGCGAAGAAUGGCAAAGCCAUCCAACAGAAAUGAUCAUCGCCGCCCAGUUGUUGGAAUUAGUUGAAAGGGAGAGCGCACGACGAUUUGUAGUUCACCGAGGACAGAAAUGUGGUUUACUGCUCUGGGUAUUCAAUCCAGACUUGAUAUAUUCCAACUCUGGGUCCAGCCAUAGUUUCAAUGCCCAGCAGGCGAUGAAGGUCUUAUUUCAAGAAGUGGGCGACGUUGAUAAGUUGCUUGCACCUGAUCUUGGUGUACCGUCGCCUUUGUCUGUGGAAGAAUUAGAGCUGCCGUCGAUGAUCUACGAUGCUUUGAAUGGUGCUUUGCGUGGAAGCAAUCAAAUGCUACCUUCGACAGCCAGACGGUUCAACGAAUGGCAGGUUGGACUGCUGAAUCGUUUUAAUCGUGAUCGACUUCCUUAA